GAUAAUUCCUCUUUGCGCUGUACCAUUACAUUCUAUCAGUCGAAAAAACAUCGUUGCACUAAGCUCAUUAUCUUAACUUCGGAGUUUAUAUAUAUAUAUUUCAAAAUAAUUUUUUAUAUAAUUAAAAAAAAUGUAUUUUCAUAAAUUAAUUGAAUUAUUAUUUAUUAGUGGUGUUAUUGUGGAAAUUAAUAGUUAUAGAAUUCUAGGUGUAUUUCCAAUGAAUUCAAGAAGUCAUAAUAAUAUGUUUGAUCCUUUAAUGAAGGGUUUAGCAAAACGAGGACACAAAAUAGAUGUCAUAAGUCACUUUGAACUCAAGAAUCCUCCAGAUAAUUAUAGGACAAUUAUUAAUUUACAUGGGACUAGACACGAUUUAACCAACAAUAUUUCAGUUGAACAUGCCUCACAAAUUGGACACGAUCCAAUAAUACAUAUUAGCACAACUUAUGGCAAUGAAUUUUGUGAAUUAAUGAACCUUGAAGAAUUUCAAAAAAUUAUCAAAAAUCCAAUACAUCAUUACGAUCUCAUCAUAACUGAGGCAUUUAGCUCAAAUUGCUAUAUUGGAUUAGGAUAUGUUUUAAAAGCACCGGUAAUAACAGUUUCAACAUUAUUGGAUUUUCCAUGGGUAUCUGAUGCCAUGGGUAAUCCAAGUUCAACAGCUUUUGCCACAAAUGUCUUUAUGGAUAAAGCAUUUGUCACAACGUUUUUUGAUCGUUUAAAAAGUACAUUUAUUCAUCAUCAUACAAAAUAUAGAUUCAAUAAAUUAACUGAUAAAAUUCAAACGGAAGCUAUGAGAAAAUAUUUGAGUCCAGAUAUGCCAAAUGUCAGAGAAGUCGAGCGAAGUGUUGCUCUAAUGUUUACAAAUUAUCAUCAUACAUUAUAUGGACCUAAACCAUUCACAUCAGCAGUGAUUCCAAUAGGUGGAAUACACGCCGAACAAAAUGAUGAUCAAUUCACACCUGAAUUAAAACAGUGGAUGGAUAAAACUACACAUGGGGUCAUUUAUUUUAGUCUUGGAUCUAUGAUUCUCAUUGAGAGUCUCCCUAAAGACACUCUACUUGCAUUUUAUGCAUCAUUUGCUAAAGUAGCUCCAAUAAAAGUGUUAAUUAAAGUUCCAAAUAAAGAUAAACUUCCUUUGGGUCUUCCAAAAAAUGUCAUGACCUCACCUUGGAUACCUCAAAUUCCAGUUUUAAAACACAAGAAUACAAAGGUAUUUAUCACACAUGGAGGAUUAAUGGGCACAAUGGAAGCACUUUACAAUGGCGUUCCCUUAAUUGGUUUACCCUUUUUUUCUGAUCAACAGCCAAAUAUGGAGAUUUAUGUUAAAAAAAAUAUGGCAAUUCUAUUGGAUCCAAAAACAAUUAAUGAGAAAAAAAUAACCGAUGCUCUAAAUAGUAUCCUAACUGAUCCGAAAUAUAGGGAAGCUGCGAAACGUGAAUCUCUUUUAUUUCGCGAUAGGCCAAUGAGUAUAUUGGACACUGCAAAUUUUUGGGUUGAAUAUGUCAUUAGAAAUGGACCAAAUUGUUUAAGAUCACCAGCAGUCGAUUUGUAUUGGUGGCAAGUUGAAUUGUUGGACGUUUAUGCAUUUAUAUUAAUUUCUUUUAUAAUCGUCAUCUAUCUUUUUGUAUUUUUUAUCAAAAAAAUGGUUAAGAUACUAAAUAAUUCAUUGAAAAAUUCUCAAAAUUCAAAGAAAAAUAAAUGAAUAAAAAAAUAA